CAUCAACACUUCCCAAACGGUUUGUAAGCUACCAAAGGGAAAUGGCCUCUCUAUUCUCAAAACCAACACUACAAGUAGGUAGAGAUGAAGUAUAUGUAGCCACAAUGCCUCUAAGAGCCACAAAGGGACCUCCACAGCUGCUUAUGUCGGCCGCUUACUCUCUCAAUCUCUGGGACUUGCAGCACUUCAUGGUCAUCAUCAAACCCUCUUCACCCACUCUUUCUCAGGCCUUUGUUUUUGACUUUCAACCUAAAGAUCCUGAAAAUAUAUAUGUAGCACUUGCAGCUCUGUCUGGUAGGGCAGUACAAGGUGCUGUUCUUGAGAGGAAGCUCACAAAGCUUCCAAGAAGCAAGUGGUGGUUGAUUGGAUGUUCCAGAGAGGAUGGUGUAGAAGCAGCACAUAGGUUCAACAAAACCUGGCACACAGAUUUGAAGAUUGGAUAUCAUGACUGUAGGGAUUACACCAAUGGAUUAGUGGAGUACCUGACUGGUGAGAAACAAGUGUUGAAGCGCCUGAAGCAGCCUCAGUAGGUAGACUUCAGCUCUGUCCCUGUAUGAUUGGAUAUAUUUUUUUGCUUCCAUAUA